AGAUCGGUGAACCGCGUCGGUUCCGGCUCUCUGCUUUCGCUUUCGUGGUGUCGAAAGAACGGAACGGAAUACGGAGCCUAUAUAAAAUCUACCCGCUUGCGCGUAUACACGCACGUGUAUACAUACGCACGUGUUCGGCAACAUUCAUCAUACGUACAUCGAUGUUCUAGGUAUCAUAAGUAAUUCGCGAGUACUCGGAAAUAUCGCGGGCCGGCGUAAAAGUGAAAUGUACCGGUGGUACAUUAAGGCCGACAAUAAAAGCGGCCUUACGAAACCACCUGUAUUAAAAAAAAAAAACGGAUUAUCGUUUCCUUAGAUCGUGCAACUACUGCUCCUGCACUGCGUCGUCGUGCGAUAUGCUACAUCCUAUACGAUAUUGGAUCGACGCCGAGGAAAACCGCGACCGGUGCCAAGGAUCAUUCCCAAACAGUAAGACGUCGGUUGCCCGUUGACGAACCGGCGGCGCCGAGUGCCAAGGAAAUCUUCCGGACUCGACUGGAAAGUCAGUCGCCGCUGGCCGCGAAAGAGAGCGACGACGACGGCGGACCGAAAGAUCGUGAGAUAAACACCACCGCCGGCGACGUCUUGCAUCGCGAUAUCAAAUGGCCCGAAUGGGGCAGCGGCAACGGCGGCAACUGGAACCCAAGUUGCGUCAGGGUCGCCCAAGCUCAGGUCUCCGGUAUAACCGGCAAAAGGGGCCGACCGUUCAAGGAUCGAGGUUUCCUCCACGUCCUUGGCAGCCUGUCGGUUGUGCUGUUCGGCCCCGGCGAGUACGCCACGACAAUCUCGACACGCUUCCGAGCGAGGAAGGACCGGUCCCGUUUAAAUGCGACUGCUUUAAGUCUCCGUUGAGAUUGUGGGGAUGUAUCAAGUCUAUCAACGAAUCGAUAAUGACAUUUAUCGUGCCCGGUCUCAACGACUGGGCGAAUCGGUUGGAACCGGAAAUAUGCCGCAUCCAAAAGCAGAGAUCUGCCGAAACCGUAACAGUUCUUGACGAUGAUACGACGCCCGUAUCUGCCGAAUCCACCGAUCGUUCGACAGUAUCCCCGACCGCCACGUCGCUCGAUGAUUAUUAUGAAACUGUAGAAAACCACGGCAAGAUAGACAAUGUUAGUAAUGACAGAGCUGAUAAUGACGGUCUAUUGAUUCUUGAAAUUCACGACGAAAAAUUAAACGACACAGCAAAGAUACAAUAUACUUAACGAAGUAAAGAUUGAUUCUGGAUACUCGAAGGUAGUAAAUUGGUCGCGUAAUAAGACCCUUGCGACUUAAUUAAUGUCCCGAUAAGUAUAGGAUAUGGACGUUAUUAGAAAUUAAACAACACAGUAAGAAAUUAAUUUAAUGCUCGACUGACCAUUGUGCCAUAUUCGUAGACGCAAAUGAUUUCUUCAUACUUUCAUUUCGCAGAACCAAAGAUUGAGAUAAUAAAAUCUAAUUUAUAUUAAAAAAAAAAUAAAUAUAUAAAUAGUAUUUUAAAAGAAAUUCGAACAUUUUUGAUUAAAUAAGCAUUUAGUCAAACAUGUGAGAGGACCAGCAUCGCGGAAAAACGUCUAUAAUAA